AUGCGUCCUGCCUCUCGCGAGAGGACGGGCGGCCCCGGACGGCGGAGAGGGGAGCCUGCGGCGGCCGAAGGCGGGUGGAGGAGUGAGCCGGCGGUCGGACACGGCCCGGCAGGCGAGAGACCGGAGCCCACCAUGGGAGCGCGUGGUGAUACUUACCUGGGGCGCGUGCUUGCCGGAAGUGGCGUGCUUACCGGAAGUGACGUUCACAUGAAGUGCUGGUCGGCGGACGCGGUGAAGCCCCAGCCCCAGCCCCCAGCCCAGAACCUCUUCACAUUCCUGCAGAGAAAGAGCAGCCCUCCCAGUCCCUACAGCAGAGGGACCAUUACUGGAAGGCUCUCCCAUUUCUCAGACUUUGGAGCGUUUGGCUGGUGGCCAUCUUCAAGUUCAUCCAAAACCAUGAAUAUGUCAGCAGCUACUCCCCUUCUGCAGCCAGGAUACCCCAUGAACCCAGCAAUGGCGCCAGGGCUCCCCUACCCGCCUCCUAUGAACGCCGCUGUGACUCCGGGCUAUUACCCCUCUGUGAACACAAGCGCCCUUGCCCCUCAGGUGGCGCCCUAUCCCCAGUUUGCUGGCAUUCCCGGCUAUGAAGGGAUGUCUGGUGAUGGCAACGAUGGUAGAUUUCUACCUCCCCCACCACCUUUUGGACCAGCACCUGGCAAUAUACCCGCUCCUACAAACAACGACUGGUUAAUUCCGUCUAUCAAUCAAGAGACGGCGAAGCAGGCCCUGCUGGACUAUGCCAACGGUCAGUGUUGUUAUGGGUCAUCCCCAGCAGAAGAGAUGACAAUUACUCAGCUCAGGCCAUACAACACCUAUCGGUUUCGGCUGGAAACAUUUACAGAGUCGCGGUUAUGUGAAUGGGUCACUAAACCUCUGCCGGCGGGGGCCCUUGACGGUCCUGACAAAGGCAAUGCCCCUCAACCCUGGGAUAUCCAAGUGACUCCUCCAACUCUCUUCCAUGAUGAAACCAAAAAAAUGCCCAUUCCUUUUACAACUUCCAAGAAGUCCUGCCAAGAGUGCAACGGAAAAGGAAAGAUCAUCUGCCAGAAAUGUAAUGGAAAUAGCCGGAUGAAAUGUGAUGACUGUAAUGGAUCUGGGAAUCGUGCAGGGGCGGAGUGUACGGAGUGCGGAGGGUCUGGAUCUGUAGGAUGCAAGACCUGCAACCAGACCAAUGUCCAGACCUGUCCAGGCUGCAAUGGAAAGGGCCAAGUGAUGACCUACAUCGAGCUGACAGUGACCUGGAAGAAUAAUGUAUACGAGUUCAUCCCCGAUCACCACUCGGAAUUCCCGACAGACCUCUUCAAGAAGGUGACGGGAGAGAAGAUGUAUACGGAUGAGCAGUUCCUGGUACCUCCCAUCAUGAAUUUCCCUGAGCCGUCCAUAAACCAGGCCUCACAAACCGCGGUCCAGCAGCAUUACUCCGAGUACAUGUCCACAGCUCGAAUCCUGAAGCAGAGACAGUCCAUUGAGUGGCUUCCGCUCACUAAGGUUGAGUACAGCUGGAAGGGUAAAAAUUGCAGUUACUUUGUGUACGGACGGGAGAAUAAAGUGCAGACUAAGGACUAUCCUUCCACUUGUUGCUGCGUCAUCCUGUGAUCGGGAACUUUUACUUUUUACUACUUUUUUAUAUUUUCUCCUAAUGAAGAGAGGCAGCAUGUAGACUGUAAUCACCUCCUAUGUAUCCUGGCCUCUGUUAGUGGAAGCUGGAGAUGUCGCUGUAUGUAGUGUCUUGUGCACAUUGUGGAUUAUAACUUCUGUUUUGUUUUUUGUUUUUGUUCCAGUUUAUUCGGUUCUCCUUUAAAAAAAUAAAUAAAACAGAUCCCCAGUAAAUAUAAAUCCUUAAUUCAUCCUCCAGCAGGUCUUACAUUGGUUGUCUCACCCCUUUACCCCUUUCCUGCGGUUUGUCUGGAAAAGCUGAGCAGCAACUCGCACGGGAGCUGCCAUAUUGACGGUCACACGUCUCGCCUGAAUCAAACAGAGGAAUAAUCCAGUGUCAACAUUACUUUUAAUGGCGGCCAUAUUGGUUGUUACCAAACUUUUCCAGAACCAGAGACGGCAGGAUAUAAUUUUUACCCACCGCACAUAAUGAGACACAAGAAUUUUAGAUUUGCUGGAGAUUUUUUAGCUUUUAAUUUUGAGGUUGAAAGUGCCUUUUAAUUUAAAUGGAUUGUCUAUAGUUAUCACUGGACACAUCUGCGGGAAAUAUAUUAUAGGACUAUAUGGGACUGGAAAUGUAACAUUUUAUGUGCUUCAUUAUUACUUUAAGAAAAACUCUGUUGCAAUAAACUUCAUUUUUUAA